AUGGCACUAUCAUCGGCAGCGCCUGAUGCGUCUGACACGGCCGCGCAAGAUGCGUCCGUGUUUGACGCCGUUCGCGUACCACCGCUGGAGGGGCGGCAAGCCCUGGCCUCGCCCAUCAAGCACGUCACCAUCGAGCAGAGGGCGCCGCUGAGCCAGAUCCUGGCCGAGACCCUGCAGCUACCGCAGCAGCUGUUCGUGGAGCUCAUGCGGUUCGGAGCCGUGCACUAUGCGCCAGUCAUGCCGAAGCCAGUAAAAAGGAAGAACACCAACCUGGAGCACCUGCGGGAGAUCCGGGCGGCGCGCAGGGCUGGGAUGCAGGUGCUCGCCUCGCGCAGGACGAUGCGGGACCCAACCACGUGCGCCGCCGACGCACGCGCGGCGCAGCCGCACACGAUUCGCAAAAGCAUGGAGGCGGAUGCCACGUCGGGAGCCCCCGCAUAG